GUUGGAACGAGGAGCCCAGCAGUUCGUUUCCGGCGUACCAGGAUGUGCGCCGAGAGCUCCAAGCCAGACCCAAAGGACGGCAAUUCUUUCGCCCAGAUGCAAAGGGGCGAGGAAAGGGAAAGGGCAAAGGCGGUCGAGUUCCCAGCAAGGGCAAAGGCGGACGUGGCAAGUCCCAGCAGCGCUCCAGGACGACCUUUGUGGUGAGCCAGGGUCCGUCCAAAGGAGCCAUCAACAGAGCCUACAUGAUGACGGGGCCCAACAAGACUGUGGCUAUCUAUGCUGGAGUGCGGACCGCGGCCGGUGAGGGCUUGGUGGACAGCGCUGCGGAAGAUGCGGUCAUCGGCAGCGGGGCGUUCCAGAGAUUGCGGAAUGUCCUGGCACAGCAAGGAUUGCAGCCACAGCCGGUUCGAGGCCCAUGUGGUUCCUGCGCUGGCAUCGGCGGUUCAGCCCGAGUUGCCAACAUAUGGGACGUGCCAGUCGGCAUUGCCAAGAACAACGGCUUGCUGAGGAUCACGGAGCUAGAAGACUGCGACGGCUUUGAGACCCCUUUCCUGAUCCCGGUGUCCUUCCAGGAGUUGGUGGGCAUGGUCAUUGAUUAUGACAGGGCGGAAGUCAGAACAAGGCAGGGCAACUCAACGCCCAUGCACAGAUUGCCCUCAGGACAUCGCUCUGUGUCAGUUGUUGAGUUUGAUGGGAAAUGGUCAUUGCCCAAGGAGCUCAUGACGCAAGGACGGGAUCCCUUUCAGUUGCCCCGUCCGUUGAAGGCCCAGACUCGUACCGCUCCAUUGGGCCAGCAGAGAGAUGUCGCGGUGUGGCUUCGUUACUCAGACGGUUCUUUUGAGCAAGAGGCUUGGCUCGAAGGGCCGAGAAAAAGUCUUGUGGUGCCGUCUGAGUGCCUGCCUUUGGAGACUGCCAAUCAGUUGGAUUCGAGUAGGGUGACAUACCUGGAUGCUGCCCCCGAUGUGGCCCCCUACAUUAUCAACGAUGUUUGGUGUCAUUCCUUAGGUAAGCCAGAACCCCAACGCUACUUCCUCCUCUACUACCUCGUGUACUCCGAUCACUACGGCUACCACUCCUUCUUUGCGCCAGGCAUCUUCACUGGCGAGUGGCGGGCCGACGUUGGAGGCCCUUUUCUGCGAGAACCUCGGAACAUGCAGCAGUGCAUUCGCUCGCUUGUGCACGGCGAAGGAGAGGGAGUCCAGCCGAAAGCAGCAGCUCGCCGCCGAGGUGCGACAUGGUGCGAGAGGUCAUGGGCACGAAUCGUGAUGAUUCUGGUCCGCAUGAUUGCCACGGUACGCCAACAGCUGGUGGUGGACUCGUUGAUCUUGGACGCCUACGCACCUUCGGCCUCGGCUUCUUCUUCUACGACGGCACCUCCGCCCAAGGAAAAGCAAGGGAAGAAGAAGGACACGAAGGUCAGGCAGGGGCUGGGCACCCAGCUUUCUCGAAGCCAGGCACAAAACAAGUGGACUUUGGAACCCGAGAGCUGCCCCCACGAGGAGCAAGAUCUGCGGAUGCGAGGGAACCAGGCUCGUCAUUGGUGGGCGUGUCUCAAGUGCGGCAGCCGCUGGGAGAGAGUGGAGACGGAUACCGUGGAGAACCCGGUCCCCACCAACGAGGACUACACCGACCGCGUCGACUUCCCAAGAGAGCCCCUCGAUUACACGAACCGGGAAGCCGACGCCGAAGAUGAAGACCGUGGGCGCCUACAAGGACAUGCUCAAGAAGGCCACCCGGGAGUACUCCGAAUGUACCAGUUCGAGCCGACCGUCCGGAGCGAAGGAAGCAUGUCCGUUUCGGAUCCAAGCAUGGCUCUGGCGAUCUCGGAGGGCCAAACUCGCACCUUGGAUCGGAUCAACCUGCAAGCUCUCCGGGGUCACCACAACAAUCCGCAGGAAUGGGCCGACUACGAGCAGACACAGGGCCCCAUGGAGACACCUCACCGCCGAUCGAGGAGCCUACCGGCCGGAGUCCAUCCCGUCCAGGACCUGAGCCGGCGCCGACAGGUUCAGUUGACACCUCGCGGCCCGGAAGUGUUUGCUAUCCACGAGAACCACAGCGACGAAGACAAGGACAAGGACGUGACUCCGGGGUCUUUCAGCAUGGUGAGCCCCAACCACGAGGCUGGUGUCGUACAAGGAGGCGGCGGUCUAGAGUCCUACAAUUUUGUUCUUUUUCAGAUGCCAGACGAGACCUUCGAGUUUAAGGCAGUUUCGCGGCCAAUUGUGGAACAGCCACCCUCGGAAGUCAGCCUUUCGGAUGGAAACUUCCGACAGCACGGUCCCUUCGGCACCAGAGUUCUCAGUUUUCUAUGUGCUUGGUCGUUUUACCAUGGAGUCGAAACAGAGCGAAUCCUGGGCGCCGUGGAGAACUACAGGCCAGCCCUCAUCGUCGGACGCAUAGAAAGCAACAGCCGCAAAGUACUCGUGCAGGCAGGCGUUCUUCAGGACAACCGGGGCGGCAUGUUUGCUCUGAUGUGCGACCGCCGAGCCGUGCCAGGAUUAUGUCGACAACUACCAUCGGCUUCGCCAGUGCUGUUCUCGGACAGCAAGCAUGUGGUCGCUGUUCUAGUCAACGACAACCGCGCCUUUACGAACCUCAAGUGGGACCAGCAAAACUGGGCUGACACAGACGACCUCGAGUCGCUGGAGGUUUCCGUGGUGGCUUUCCUCGAACUUCUGUGCCACCCCAACAGCCUCACGGCGUUCACCCAUGCCAACAUGGAGAUCAUUGGCAAGCUGGUGGCCCAGAUGCGGAACGCUUUUGAAGGCCUCUUGACGGCCUCCAGAACCUUCCUGGCUGCGGAGGAACUGGGUCAGUGGUGCCUCUUUCCGCGAGUUCGGCAGCCCCGGACGGAGGACGAAGCUCAGGGCGGAAGUCUUGAUCAUGAUGAAGUUGAAGCGGAUGAAGCCCUGGAGGAGGUGAGGCAAAGCUUGAGACCGGUCACGGAAAGCACCAAAGUGGCCGAGGCGCUGAAGAACGUCGAUGAUUUCAGGAGGCACGAGGAGUUCGGCAAGUUUUCCUUGCACCCCCAACUGAGGCGCGAGAUCUUCAAAGUCCACAGGAACCUCAACCAUCCUUCGAAGGAGGUGUUUUUACGUGCCUUGAAACACGCGGGCACCAAGGAUGAAAUUAUCGCGUGGGUGAAAGAGCACUUCUCGUGCCCUCUCUGUGAGUCGGCAAGGCGACCCAUGGCGGCGAGGCCGGCUCAUCUCGCCCGGUGCCUCACUUUCAACUCGGUGAUAGCCAUUGACCUCUUUUAUCUCAGCCUCUUUGGAACCGAGAAGAUCUUUUUGGUUUGUGUGGAUCAUGGGACAGGGUUUGUCCAAGUGGCUCGAUGUCGAGAUGCCAAGGCCGAGAGGACGGUCCAGACCUUGAAGAACAAAAUCCUGCUGACCAUCAAGGACAUUACGGCGCAUGAGGAAGAGUUGGACGUCGUCAUCGCCCAUGUGGUGUCGGCAUACAACUCGAUGUAUGACCGUCACGGGUUUACUCCAGAUCAGAGAGUGUUCGGGCGAUCAGUACGGAUGCCAGCUUCACUAUUGGCCGACGACCGCCUCAACCAGGAGCUCUUGAUGGAGUCCGCGGGCGAUGCCGUUCAGAGAUCUUGGGACAUCCGCUCAGCAGCUCGGCAAGCGUGGUUGAAAAAGGAUGAUGCGGAAGCCGUUCGUAGAGCCCGUCGAGUUCAAACUAGAGCCACCGACAUGCACUCAUACACGCUACAGCCGGGACAGUGGGUGUAUGUUUGGAGGAGGUCGGACCACCGACACGGGUGGACCGGGCCAGGGGCACUGAUUGCCCAGGUGCCUGGAGGAACUUCGUGGUGGAUCAAUGUCCGUGGUCGCUUGUGGAAGGCAUCUGCGGAACAGAUCCGCCCCGCUGCGGACGAAGAGGACUUGGGAGCCUCCUUGAUGAUCGAGUUGCAUCGUGACCUAACCAAGCAGCUCAAGGAAGGACGUCAAGUAACGUUUCAGGACGUCACCGAUGAAGGUGGCCCCCAAGACUUCGUGGAGGAGGAGGAUCUCUCCGAGCUGUUUGACUUGGAUCGUCGUUCGGAUCCUCGCGUGGAUCACGCUGAAGCAGCUGAGCCGGUGGAGCCUGGAACUCCAUCCCUGGGAGACACCACUACCGCUGGAGAGGAGCAGAGCCUACCACUGGACUCGUCUGCUCCUCAAGAAAGCCGAAGACAAAGUGUGAGUUCGGCUCCGGUCAUUGCAGAGGAAGAAAUGCCAGAAGGUCCGGAACCCCGAGAUUCCGGAGCUCAAGACAGUCGGCGAACGAUUAGGGUUGACGAAGGGAGCUCUGGAACCAUGAGCUUCGGUCCAAUUCCGCCACCGCAUGGCCAGAGGUCACAACCGUACCUUGGCCAGACCAACCAGGUGGGUCCUUCGAACUACUUGGAUGUCAUGGACUUCGAUGCCGCCGCCGAUGCCAUCUCUUCUACUUACUGGGUGUCUGGGGGUCCUCAUUGGGUGAGACAGACUACAAGCGGCAGAUCCUUUCUGAAGCCCCUCUCGCCCAAGACGUACUUCCAGGCCUCAGCCGCGGAAGCCAGCUACUGUGCCAAAGACCGGUGCAUGUAUGUGGGUAAGGCAAAGUCGUCCUUCGGCCAGGUGGAGUUUGCCAAGCUCCAGAAUGCGGAGAAAACUUUGUUCCGGAAGGCCCGUGAGAAGGAGUUACAAUCCCUGUUAGAGAAUAAGGCGGUGAAGAUCCUCAGCCUCAAGGAGUCCGCAGAGUUCAGGCGCCUUCAUCCAGAAGCUAUUCUGGAAUCACGCUUCGUGGACCGCUAUAAGCCGGCGGGGAUCAAGCCGGAGGAGCUACAGCAAGCACGCCAGGACGCCAUUGAAAAAGGGGAAUUGCAGCCCUUAGAGCUCUCGGAGGAUGACACCAGUCCGAAGAGUCGCUGGUGCGUUGUGGGGUGGAAGGAUCCUCAAAUCCACCAGAUAGAACGUUCAGCGCCGACUCCCUCUUCGGCAAGCAUCAAUGUGGUCCUGCAGCUCAUCGCAUCUCGGAGGUGGUGUGGAUAUCUCCGAGAUGUGAAAACUGCGUUCCUUCAAAGUCGCCCAACUGAUCGUCGUGUUCCCAUUGCUUGCAUGCAGCCCCGUGAUGAGUGCAUGCCGGGAUUGCAUCCAGAUCAGCUCAUCCUCCUCCUUACCGAGGUGUACGGGUUGGUCAGCGGCCCUUCCUGGUGGCGUUCCAGCUUGUUGCAACGACUGUACAAACACAACUACCACCUGUGCCCGUACGAGUCAUGCGUUCUCGUGUUGCCGGGAGAGAAACCUGGUGAUCCCACGGAGGGAGUCAGCGUCGUGGAGGUCGAUGACUUGGUGGAAGCCGGCUCCCAGAAACAUCGGGACAAGCUGGCGGCACUGGAGAAGGAAAUCCGCUUUGGAAAAAUUACUAAUCUGCUGGAGGCCAGCGAGCAAGAGAGCACCUACGCGGGGCGCACUCUACGCCAACUUCAGGACUACUCCUUCGUCACCCACAUGGAGGAAUAUGUCUACACGAGACUGGCUCCUAUCACUCUGGCCAAGAAAACCCUGAAAAAGGAUGCGGCAGCAACCCCGCUGGAUCCCGGUGAGAUCACACAGCUGCGAGGGGUGAUUGCAGCAUUGUCUUGGAUGUCGCGAGAGUGUCGACCGGACGCGGCAGCUGCCGCUUCCAUUCUAGCCUCGUGUUUUCCAGAGCCAACAGCAGAGCAUGCCAUGCAGGCGAACGAGGUCAUACGACAGCUGAAGCAGUUCCCACUUCGGUUGCGCAUCCACAGCAUCGAGGAAACCAAGGUGAGGAACAUCGUCAUCUCGGACUCCGCCUUUGACACCACCGGCAAGGAGAAAAGCCAGCACGGUUACCUCGUCGGCUUCACAAACGACGAGAUGAAUGUUGGCAGAUCCGCUCCUGUGAGCCUUACUCGUUGGUGUUCGAGGCGUCUUCGACGAAAAGCUUCCUCUUCGAUGCUGUGUGAGGCCAUCGCCUUCUCAGCGGCCACAGCUGCGCUGGAGAAACAAGAUGCCCUCUGGGAUGCACUUCGCAUCAGCUUCUACGACCCGCGACAAAGGCAAAGGACAGAAGCGGAAGCCUUGGAACUCCAAGGCAAGUCUUCAGUGAUCGCAACGGAGGCUCCCCUGUACAGGGAUCCUCGCAUCCUUGCAGUCAUAGAUGCGAAAGCUUUGUUUGACAGCCUUCUCAGCGAUCAACCAAGCGACUGUGAACGCACCAACCUCGAGAUCGCAGUGAUCCGAGAAAGUCUUCAAGUGUGCCGCGCAAGAACGAGGUGGGUUCCGCAUAACGUCAACCCGGCGGAUGCAUUAACGAAGUUCCAAGGAUGCCAUUUGGAGCCUCUUGUCAAGAUGCUCAAGAGCGGUCGCUAUCAAAUCAGCGACGAGGACGAAGUCUUAAAGUCCGGAAGACAAGGGCUCCAGCGUAAGAAGCAAGGCAUCGGCUCAUUAGGAAACUCUUCCUUUUUGGGGGCUGUGAAGCAGUACUUGCUUAGUUGGAUCUGA